AAAUCAGUAGAUUACUUUGUGUAUCGACUCUGUCUCAUCAUAUGAAGAAAUGCCUUACGGAAUUUCUGAAUAUAAUGUUUUUUAAAGCACAAUUCAAGUAAAAGCAAAUGUUUUAAAAUGUUAUACUAUGGUCUGGAAGCCACUUUGCUUUAUCAUUGUUCAUGUUGUUUGUCUUAGUUGGGACAUGUCAAAAAGUGUUAAACGACAAAUGUGAAUGCAUCACAGUUUGAUUAGUAUGCAAAUUCACAAAAUUUAUAUUCAGAAUUUUUUAUGUAAGAGCAACCCCCCCCCCCAAAAAAAAAUAACAAAACAAAAUAAAAAGCCCAAAACUGAACUAGGGCCUACUCAGAUCCGUAAUCUGAUCUUUAAGGCUUAGUGUAAUGAGGUAUAUGCUUUGGUCAGUUUGCUUAAAUCCACUGAUAAGUUGAUGUGAAAAUGCGUAUUGGUGACCUCUUUGGAAAACAAUAGGAAAACCAGGGAAUGAAAAAUCUCUGUAGAGGUUAGCUUUGUGCUUCUUUGUGAAAUGUGACCUGGCAAAUGGAUUUUACUGAAGCGUAUACAGACUCCUGUUCCUCUGUUGGUUUAGCAGCAAGAAUCGGAGACUUGGUGUCCUUGCAGAAUCUGAUAUGGCAAGGUAAACAUUAUGAUGUCCGUGACAACAGAGGUUGGACAGCUGUACAUGAAGCUGCUUAUGCAGGGAACACUGGUUGUCUAGAAUUUCUCCUUAGACAAGAAGAUUCUGAUGUGAAUUGGAAGACAUUUGAGGGUGAGACAGCCUUGCUACUCGCAGCGAGGGCGGGGCAUCUACAAUGUACCAGGAUGCUGCUGAAAAACGGAGCUGAGGUUAAUAGUCCAACAAAUGAAAUGUACACACCACUGUUUGAAGCUGUAAAUGCAAACAGUUUAAGCUGUGCUAAAUGUUUGCUGCGGCAUGGAGCUGAUGUGAACAGACAGGUGUUCACUGGGUACUCUCCCCUACAUUUAGCCGCAGAGAAAGGGUACAGUGGCAUGGUGGAAUUACUGCUGGACCAGGGGGGUUAUCUAGACCUGGAGGCUGACCAUAAACUUACACCCAUAUUUUUGGCCUCUCAGUUUGGACACAUACACUGCCUUGAAACUCUGCUGAAAUGUGCCAAAGACAGAGGUCAGCUUGAGGCUGUCAACAAAACCACCACUGACAAUGCCACACCCAUUCUGAUCGCGGCACAGGAGGGCCAUGAGGACUGUAUCAAGCUCCUUCUCACUCACAAUGCCAACCCCAACAUCCCAGUCACAGAGUACAUGGGUGUGGCAGCACAUUUUGCCAUCUACAAAGAGCAUGCAAAAUGCCUAAAAGUCCUGCUGCCUGUGACAGAUAGAGACUGCUUGUACAGAAAUGUCAGUAAAAACAUGCACCCGUUAGUGAUGGCUAUCCAGGCAUCGAGCACUGAAUGUCUAGAAAUGUUGAUGGAGGAUGGAAUGGAUAUCUGUACUAAGCUCCCACUUGGAGUGUUCGCUCACUUCAACCCUCUCUUCACAACUCUGCAGUACAGUACAAAUGUGUCCAUUCUUUGUCACGUGGCAUUGAAUUGGACACUGGUUGGUGUCAAGUACUUGCUUGAUAAAGGACUUCCAUGUAAUGCGCAGACACCAGAGGAGUUACCUCCUUUACUGAUGAGCCUUGCUUCUGACAAUAGUGAUCUGUUUACCUUGCUUCUAAAAUACGGAGCUAACCCCAAUAUCUAUCAUUCUCUAGCCAAUGGUAAUGUGACAACAUUAAUGGCCAUUGAGAGAGAUGUAAAAACGUUGUUAACAGUGACUUCAGAAACAGGUGUGAAGCAGGAAAUCUUUGGGAAGUAUCUUUGCAAACUUAUCUUAUGUAAAGCUGAUUUGGUGAGCUGUAUCAGAGACACUGACAAGGACCAAGAGGUGUUCAAGUACAACUUGUACCAGGUGCUGAACAAGUGCAGCAUGACUGUCAAUCUGUGGCCUGUUCUGACUUUGCUGUUCACGUUCUGUACCAACUUGUCCAUCAGUCAGGAGUUCAAGAAACAUGUUUAUAAUGAGGAAGUCAUCUCUUACUUCAAUACCAUUGAAGAUUCCACACAGAGCCUGGCCCAUGCCUGUAGACGUUCCAUUGUGAUAGAGCUUGCGAGGAAGAGGCGAUACCAGGAACGUCACAUCCGUUCCCUUCCUAUCCCCAGUCUCCUCCAAGAAUAUCUGCUUUUUCUGGACUAUGGACCCAAAGCUAGUUCUCUCAUCACAAUGCAGCGAUGGACUGUUCACCUGGAGGGUGGACCCCGCCGUGUCAAUCAUGCUGCUGUUGCUAUUGGUGACAAGAUUUACAGUUUCGGAGGGUACUGUACGGGUGAAGAUUAUGAAACAACAAGACCCAUGGAUAUCCACGUCCUAGAUACAAUAUCACUUAGAUGGACAUUGAUUCCCCCUGCCAAAGAAGAGGAAUGUGUCCCCUACCAGCGCUAUGGCCACACUUGUGUAGGGUACCACAACAGUGCAUAUAUUUGGGGAGGCAGAAAUGACAAAGAUGGAGCUUGUAACAUUUUGUAUGCUUUUGACAGUGCUUCCCUAAAGUGGUCGACACCAAAGGUUAAUGGAAAGGUCCCUAAUGCCAGGGAUGGGCACUCAGCCUGUGUGAUAGAUGGAAAAAUGUACAUAUUUGGUGGCUAUGAAGAGCAGAUUGAUCGUUUCUCCAAUGAAGUCCAUUGUUUGCAUAUGAGUACAUUUAUGUGGGAACCAAUUAAUGUGAAGGGUACGCCAGCUCGAUGGAGAGACUUUCAUUCGGCCACAGGGUUAGGUAAUCUGAUGUACGUGUUUGGAGGUCGCAGUGAUUAUGGGGGAGAAAUCUUUACCAAUCACGAGAUAUACUGCAAUAAAAUACAGGUGUUUGACACCUCAACAUCCACUUGGAUGGAACCUGUGACGUAUGGAAUCCAGCCCAUUGGUAGAAGGAGCCAUUCAGCAUUUGUUUAUAAGGGAAAUCUGUAUAUUUUUGGAGGUUAUAAUGGCCUUCAUGAUCUUCAUUUUCGAGAUAUCUUCAGAUUUGAUCCAGUGAGGAUGCAGUGGUCUAUGAUCAAGGUUAAAGGUCAAGGACCCACAGCAAGAAGAAGACAAUGUUGUUGUGUGAUAGGGGACAAAGUUUAUUUAUUUGGGGGGACAAGUCCUAACAGUGCAGAGAGCUCGGAACCCACUGAGAGUGAUCUUAUAGACCAUUCUGAUCUCCACAUCCUGGACUUCUCCCCUUCACUGACAACACUAUGUAAACUUUGUAUAUUAGAAAACAAAAUAGAUGUCAGCAGUCUGCCUAAAACAAUCAGGUGA